CCCCAGCACAAAGGAAGAUACAUACUCGAAUAUGUCUGCAAGCAACUUAAUAUUUUGGAAACGGACUAUUUCGGACUUCGCUACGUGGAUCACUGCAGGCAGCGGCUAGAGCUACCAGCGGCAUUACAGAUAUUGACAGAUGUCAAACGAACAGAAAUUCUGUGGGAGUCGAAGAGAAGAUCGCCAAUACAAUCAAGCAAUCCAAUGAGUAAUAUCUGCAGAGCACAGUUCUCCCUGAAGAUUCUCACAUAGACAUAAAUUGCUAAAAAAAGUAGUUGGUGCGAGGGAAAAGGAUGAAACAAGUAAAAAAAAUAAAAAAAAAAUAAUGCCGCCUGACUCCUCGAAAUCGGAACUUGAUGUUGGUUAAGCUAAGAAAAACUAGUAGUUCGCCAUGCUAGAAUAUCGGUGACAUCCAAAGCGAGAGAGCUGAUAAAUUGGAAGACCAAGAUAUACGUAUUAAAGUUUCUACUUGUGAAUAACGACGCUAGUGACGUAGUCGAGGUGCAAGAAAGAAAAAAAAAAAGAAAAAGAAAAAGAAACAAGAAGAAACAACCUGCCUCGCAUUAUUCUAGUCUACCUUGACCCCAGUUGAAUGGCGACGCCUGCGAACGCGUUAGUUGCACCAUCAUCGGCAUUGAUUGAGAACAGCAGCUACACACGUGUUCCUGCCAGCGUCCAUUUGAAAAAUCAUGCACUCUGACAUUUGUCAUUUUCUACGAAUGACGUCAUGCACACUGGCUGGACCUGGCGAAAACGGCAAUAAAGCAAGUCAAAGACAUGGAGCCGAUUCUCUUCAGCUUCCGUGUGAAAUUCUAUCCGCCGGACCCUUUUCGAGUGAAAGAGGAGAUCACGAGGUAUCAGGUUUACCAACAAUUGAAAAGAGAUCUUCUUCACGGGCGUCUCUACUGCAGUCCGGGCGAGGCGGCCCUGCUGGCAGCUUGUAUCGUUCAGAGUGAACUUGGGGACUACGACCCGGAACUCCACGAAGGCAAUUACAUCUCGGAGCACAAGUUGCUGCUCAAACAAACUGAGAGCAUCGAAGAGAAGGCUAUGGAGUUGCACCAAACACAGCUUAAAGGCUUCACACCGGAACAGGCAGAGACGCACUUCCUUAGGCUAGCCUCACAACUGGACACCUACGCCGUGGAUCCGCAUCCUGUCAAGGACCAUAAGGGCACUCAACUCUAUCUGGGGAUCAACCACUGUGGAAUUUUGACGUUUCAAGGCUCGAGGAAGACGCACCACUUCCGCUGGCCGGAAGUCCAGAAGAUCAACUACGAGGGCAAGAUGUUCAUUGUGCACUUGACCAUCAACGAGGACUUGAGGACGAAGAAAAAACACACCGUUGGAUUUAAAUGUCCCACGGGAUCGAACUGCCGUCACGUUUGGAGAUGCGCCAUCGAGCAAAUGCUGUUCUUCACCUUGCCCAGAGCGUCGGAUGCACCGGUCGUCAGCGGAGGCUCCAUCUUCUCCUGGGGAACGAAAUUUAAAUACACCGGAAGGACGGAAAAGGAAGUCCUUGAAGAAACGGGUCCAUUGCGCAAGGACGAGCCACCCAUACAGCGCUGCCAAAGUACGGGACUCAGAAGGAAGGCCAGCAGCGUACCAGCCACACCGAGUACACCGAGCCAGGACCUGGUUGAAAUCCGAUACUCGAGUUUGCCACGGAGCUGUCACAGCGCAGGAUUGGAUGGUGCAGGAAUGUCUGAUGGCGGAAGUGGCGUUCCUCUGAGUUCCCCCUAUUGUCCGGACAACACUUUACCGCUGUUGGAAACAGUCUCGGAGGAUCAGGAGAUUCACGCUCGACGGAAUAACGCCGUAAACGAAAAUGAUUCGCAUGCGAGUGCCACCUACACCACCUCCGCAAUCGGUCAGACGAAAAAACAGAAAUUCCCAAAGAGCACGUUGAUCCGACCACAAGCGUUGUACAGUCAGAGAAUAGUGAUAGGAUCGGAGGAGUUGACCGGUCAGAAUGUCAGUAACGUCGUAAGGCAAAAGAUCGAUUCGUUUGAGAAAAGUCCAAAAGUCGUGAGGUCCACAGCUCUCAUCAUAAAGACCUCCAAGGCGCCAGCCAAGAGAGCCUUGCUAACGGCUGCUAACGGCUCUCUCCUCCCCAGAGCCCAGGAGGACCGGACAGUAAGGCCCGAUCGUUCCAGCACUGCGUCCGCGACAUCCGCAACAUCCGCGAUCGCGAGUGCCAAUUCGCAUAAGAACACGAGCACGAGCACGAACGACGGCCAGGUAAGAGCAAAGCCGCAGCCGCCGUCGCCGUCGCCGUCGCCGUCGUCGCCGUCGCCGAGUGAGACUUUACGAGCUCGUGCGACUCACUGUCAGUCGGCGAAGGAGACCGUGAACGCGAGCGAUGUUUUCUCGACGACGAACUUAACAAAAUCGGUAGAGCUCCUAGAGCCUCUAGAAUCGGCCGAAUCGUUAACAGGCGACAAGCCGAGCAACUUGACCAACCAUAGAAACGGACUAGUCUCCCUAAAGAAACGUCUCGCUGCAUCUUCAGUGGGGCAGAACGAGAGCGAUCUCAAUGACUAUUACUUUCGGGACUCGUUCGAUCAUUCCUCCUCGGAGAGCCAACUCCUCGACGUCACCGGGAAGACGCACAGUCGUUCGGCGACGCCAGUGCCGAAGAUGCAGAAGCUCCAGAACUCGAAGCUCUGUCUUCAAGCGCAGCACAGAACGGACGGCCGGAUCACCCGGAUCACCCUGAAGAGUCUCAGGAUCGUCAAGCUCUUCGUUCCGGCCUUCAUGCUGACGAUAACCGUUCUCUUCAUCGUGAUCGUCCUCGUAUUCGAGACGGACACCACUCUCUUCAACAGUCUGCGCAAGACACCGGAAAUGGUGGCCUUAAGGAACCAAUACUACGUCCCCAUCAAGGAGUUUCUUAGAACGAAACUUGGCCUAUUUUGAUGACGAGGGCUAAUGCCGAGAGUAUCCUUAAUCACGUAGCUUUCAAUGCCAGUGCCAAGUCCAAGAGCGUCCGUGGAAAUAACUCUUUUGCGCUAGAUCCGUAAUAAUAUUAUUUAUAUUUUUUUUUUAUUAUACUUAUUCCAAUCUCUCUCUCUCUCUCUUUUUAUGUUACUCAUUCACCAACUAACUCAUGGACUUAUCGAUUCGUCGAUGGCACGAGUGAGAUUGAAGUUUCGCGGGAAACGAUGCGUACGAGAGAUGUCGCAGGGUCUUUUUUUUUAAAUCUAUUUCUUUUUAUCUGAACUCGGAGCGCCAGGCGCUUCCCUAGACUCGGCAUGGAAAUUCAUUAUAUAAUUUUAUCUCUCUUUUGUCAUUCCCGUCCUUAUUCUUCUUGUAUUAACGAUCGAGUGGCUUGCUCUUCGCAAGGAUCUAGGUACUUUGGUUUUAGCGAUGAUAAUUUAAAAAUUUUCUUUUUUUGUUUUACUGGAGAACUCACCGACGGUCUUCCCAAAGUCCUCUGCGUGCGACGAAUUGCCCUGUACUCUCACGGAAUGGCUAUUUAUUUUUGCAUUGCUUUUGCAUAAUCCAGAAGGUAGAUUUAAUUUGUGCACUUUUUAUGCCGAGCCUGGAUGGAGGGAACUGACUCGUAGCUCCUUGAAGUUAUCGACAACUGUAUAGGGUCCAUUUUGCAAAAUGAAAGAUUGAAAGGAUGGCAAAAUGGUAGAGCGAACGAGGGAUAUUAAAUGUGGGCUGGUGAUACUGGAUGGCCUAUCCACAGUACAUACUAAGAAAAUUCUUUUUUUUUUUUUUUUUGGUCAGAGACUUUCGCCAGAGUACAUGAGACACACAAGUACGUUAUGAUACAAUGAAGCGAAUGAGGAGGCAGGUGAAAACAAACAAAGAAAAACAGCAGAAUAAAAGAAAAAAAAUAUUAUAUAAAAGGUAAAAUAUUUUAACAUGAAGACAAGACAGAUGAUAUGUAAUAUAUUAACUAGAGAAUAUAAUUAUAGCAAUGUUAGGUAAUUUUAAACGGUCAACGAAAAGCAAUUCUUCGGUAGAACGUAAGUGACGUAUUAGAGGCGGAAAAAACGAAGCAAAGGAACGAGGAAAAGAAAGGAUACAAAAAAUAUGGAUGAAAUGAAACUGGAGAAAGCACGACGAGGCAAAGUACGAAAUUUUAAAAAUAAAAUCGAAUAAUCGUUUUACGAGGAUAAAAUGUUUAACGCGCUAACGGACGAGGAGAGCAUCCCUGACUUAGACGUCCAUGUGGAUUUAUUUACUUUCGUUCCUCUUUUACUUUACUCUUAUUUCUUUUUUUAUACAAAUCCAUUUACUUCACUUUGAUUGCUAGUUCCCUUUAAUCACGCAGAAAUUCGCGUAGCGUUUACCAAAGCGCCACUUAUAGCUCGUAAUAACGAUGGAAAUAAAGAUGGAAAAGGGAAAACAGAAUAUUGCGCAAUUGCGAAAAAUCUACGAAACGAUUCGCAUAGUGUUUAAUCGAUUAAAUGAUUAUUUUAAGACUCGCGAGAAUGUCCUUGAUGUUUCAAGGAUCUUGAGUAUGCAAUCGAUGACGUCACUAUUACCAGAUGUAUGUAGCCACGUACAUUUUUUCAAAGUAGCGUCGAGACACUUAUUCUGUCGUUCUUCAAAUUUUCAUUUUCGUUUUAACAGAUCACAUGUGACUCUCUCUUUCUCUCUCUCUCUCUCUCUCUGAUGUCUUUCGCAUAUCUCGCCAAAUAAAUGCAAGACGAUCUCAAUAACAUUCCGUAUUAAAGAUAUUCUUAUACCGUUUAAAGGAUUUCUCGAGGAAGGAUCAGGAUUAGGUGUUUAUCGUCAUCGUAGAAGCUCCAACAUAUUUACUAUAAUAUACAUAAUACACAAUACGCGUCAAUCAUUCGUACUGAAUCAUACCGUUUGUACAUUUUAAUGCUGUAAUAUUAAAAAGAAAAAGGCGAAACGAUCAUUAACAAGACGCUUCACGGCAGGGGAAUCCCCAGUUAAAUUGGCAAAGGAUCCUCCUUAUCCUCUCUGUUUUGAUAAAUCAAAAAAAAGGAAUGAAAUGAAAGAAAAAAAAAAUUUUUGUUAAAUGACUACUCUCCCACGUAGGACGAGUGUCGUUUAAAUUGGAGCGAUGCAAGAAGACGCCUCCAAGUUCUACACGUCCUCCACGUGUGGUCCAUUUCCCUUUUCACAUAUGUAUACACACGCGCGUACACAAUGACAUUUCACAUAUUAAUAAUACACAUACCCACAGGACUCUCUGACCCAUUUCCUGAAAGUGCCUACGCUGUUCUAGAAUCUUUUUGAUGCUGCGUUUCGCUAAGUUUUCGGCAGUUCGUAUAUUCGAUCGAUGAUAGGUUCGUUUGAGGCGAGAUGACGCCUGCGUCGAAAAAGAUGAAGAAAAAGAAAACGAAAGAAGCGAAAAAAGAUAAUCGUGCCAGGUUAAAAGUUCUAUGCGAACACGCGCGUUUGUAAUACCUAAGUAUGACGUCACUCGAAAAGCGUCGCGACCAAUGGAAAAUUACGUCGCGAGGUAACGCGGGACGAGUUACGUCGCGACGUCGCGACAAAUUAUAUAAAUAAACGGAUGUCAAUUGCAAUAUAAUGUAAAUCUAGUUGUAAACGGUGAAAUGGACGGUUGGUAACCGAAGACGGAAGGGAGUGGCGGGAAAGUUUGAAAUUUUCCCAGCCAAUGAGAAGCGAGACGGAACUAUACGUACCUAUGUUAUAAGAAAUUGCUGUGGAGAAAAAACGAAUCGGUGCAAUCUUUUAAAAAUGGCGUCGAUAUGCAAUACGUUGCCUGAUGGCUCCUGAUAAGCGCAGCUAUAGUUGGGUUAGGGGAUCUUACACGUGGUAAAGAAGAAUGAGCUGCAUACGUUAUUAGAUCACUAAAGAGACAAUGUGAGAGAGGCUUUUUAAGUGAAGUAAUUUUAACCUAAGUGAAUGUAAUUGUAAUGCUAACGACUUAGGGAAUUACGACAGCGACUUAUUAUGUAACAUAAGGAUUUCAUGUGCGAGCGUUCCGGACCAGAUGCGAAAUGUACUCUUGAGCCAUUUCAUUGUCUUUCAAUGAGAUUGGUCGAAUGCGAUCUGGACCACUCUGGACCACGAGCGUAAUUCCGUUGUUAAGGUGAUGGCUGUUGAUGAGGAAUAACAAAAAAUAGGAAACUAGUAGGUCAAAGUCGCUGCUUUUUUGUUUGCUAAUAGAGCCAUAAGCUUUUACAAGUGAAAUCUGUACUUACUGGCGAGUCACUCGUUUUUUCCAUUGAACUUUUAGACCGUACGACACCUCCCAUCUUGUUGGUCAUACUAUUUGCGCGAAUUCUUGCCUAGCUCUCUGUAAGGGUAUUUAUUUAGAAAACCUCAUUCAAGGCAACGCUUUAAUUUUCUGAUCAAGCGGCAGUAUUGAUGAAGAACAAUUGUAUGAUUAUCAGUUCUGUCCUUCAGUUGGAGACGUAGUCAAUUUACGUUGGUGUGAUAGACGUAACUUACAGUUAGUACAAAGAGAUUUGUUAGAGAGUUGACGUUAAAUCGAAUGAUUAGAGUGAAACUAAAUGCUUGUGAUUUAUUAAUCGUGGGUCUGUGGCCUGUGGACAAAAAUUGAUAAAAGGAUUAUUAUUUUACGUUAAGUAAUCCGUAUGCUUUUAGCUUUACAUAUCACCGUAUACAUAUAGAGAGAUCCUGUUCUCUCUAAUGCGUUCCUCUUUCGUUUCUACUAUAUUUAUUUUUUCUUCUUGUUUAUUUAAUUAUUUCAUAUUUUAAUGAUCUACUUUUCUCUCUCUCUCUCUCUCUCUCUCUCUCUCUCUCUCUCUCUACUUUUAUCUUGUUGAUAAAUGUGCGCACGCGUGUCGUACAGAUAUUUUCAUUGUUUUAAAAAUGUCCACGCGGAAGAACGUUAAACGAAUCAUGCCAAGACAAUGACACGCCGAGAAAACAAUCAUUACUUUGAAAGGUUCGAUCGUAUCCGUAAACGGCAUCAAAAGGGAAUAACGUUUAAUCUCUUUUUCUGCGUUACGGCUGACUACGAUUUCGGGAAUUCUCAUGAUUUUUUGGACGAAUAAAUUUUAUAUAUGCCGACAAGGAACCUGACCUGUCGUGACCUGUAAUCAAAAUCUUUGUAAUCCUCUCGGACUUUUGUAUGCUUGCCCUUAGCGACGUAGUUAUACGAUUAAUGUGGAUUUUUCUUCAGGUUACAAAAACGAGGAAGAAACAAUGAGACAACGUUAAGGAAAGAAUAAUUAAAUUAUGGCUCUCUAAUAUGAUACACGCAAUCAAGUUAGAGAUUUUGAAACCAAAGAAAAAAUCCUACAUGUCCCUGGUACAUCUGUGUUGCCAAUCCCCAUUCGGGAACAAUGGCGAAUUUUUCCACGGAGGAGAAUUAGAAUAAGAAACUCUAAUUGGAAUUCGUUCUGAUGUUCUCGAUAAUUGGCUCACGUGGAUGCUUUAAGUUUCUAGAAACGUGCAAAUCGUUGCCUCGUUGGUACAUCGACAUUUUUGGCAACACCGCUAGUAGCUCGAUCGACAUAAAGGCAAUCCUUUGCGACUACUACGUACAACCGAGCGACCCAGUGAAACCUGAAUUUACUGAAUUUCGUGUUCAUUCAAAGAAAGGAUCUUCCGGUUACCCGCGAAGGACAAGAAUUAUUUUUUUCUCGCCAAGUUUCUCGUUUUACGUGAACCCCAGUUGUUUUCAAAAAGUUUUUACCUGGACUACUUCCAGGAGGAAUGAGCACUGUCUCGGCAGACUUCUUGGUUCACAUAAUUUUCAGUCCUGUGAAAAUUUUCAUGUUCUUUCGCUUCCUUUUUUUUGUCUUCUUAUCGUCGUACUUUGCAAAAACAACAAGACCAAAACGGUAGUUGGCGAAGGCGGAAGGUUCUUUGAAUGAAAAAAAAUGUUAAUAUUAAUUGCGGGUAACGAAGUAGGAGAUCCUUUUGAGAAAAAGGUCUGCCUUGUCAAAGAUCACGAUCGAAAAUAAAUUUGCACUUUUUCAAAAAAGGAAUAUCGGCGUACCGCAUUCAUUUUUUAAUAUAACCCUUUAUAUUAAAAGAAUGAACUCGAAGGGAGAUAGCGCAGAUCGUGUGAAUUGUCAAAACACGGAGAGAUCGACUGGACGAUUCUUGUAAUUGGGAAUUGUCCCAAUGUUGUUCAUAUACAUAUUGUUGUUCAUAGAGGUACGUACGCAAAGAGACGAAGAUUAUUUGGAAAUGUGCGUACUAUGCGAUUACUGUAAUGUGAAGCAGCUGGCAUACAUAAAUAAAUGACGAAAGUAAUCUUUUC